AUGACUCGCAGGCUGGCAUUGAAUGUAUGGCGCCGAUGGCGGGCCAAAGAGAGCCGCCGUCGAAAUAAAUUACAUGGAAAACUACCGGACACUACUGUCGAAACGCUCAGACACCCAAAACAAUGGCAGCUCGACUAUCAGCUGGAAGAUACUGGGUCGUUGGGCCUUUAUCAGGAAUAUUCGGAGAUGGUCAUUCAGUACGGAUUUGUGGUCAUGUUCACGACGGCAUUUCCACUGGCUCCGUUGUGUGCUCUGUUAAAUAAUGUAUUAGAGCAACGUCUAGACGCCUUCAAAAUGGUAGCGGCUCAGCGACGUCCAGUUCCUUCCUACUUCUGUACUAAUACAAAAUAUAUAAAUAACAUCCUUCAAGGACACGUAACAUGUUGCCAUAACUGUAACAAGUUGUGCACGUGGAUACGAGUGUUGAAGAUUAUGUCAUUAAUCUCAAUAUUGUAUAACGCAUUUAUGAUUGCAUUCACCAGUGACCUGUUACCCCGAUAUGUGUACUCUCAAAUCUCGACCGGAACGUCGUCUUCGUUGGACGGAUACGUCGCUUGGUCUUUAUCCUCAGAGAGAAAUGUGACAGAAUACUACUACGGAAAAUUGGAAAACAUAGAUGGACCUGAAACAUGUCGGUACCGGGGAUACGGCGCUGAUGCUGAUUCGGAGCACAAUGACUACAGGAAAUGGCAAGUGUUGGCUGCUCGAUUAGCGUUUGUCGUAAUAUUUGAGCAUUGCGUAAUAGCAUCUAUCGCGGCCUUGGUGUAUUUCAUUCGGAAAAGGUUCUCCAAGUACAAAACCCACGCGGAGCCGAACGCCGACAAUCCGUCUGGUGACAGAUCUGUUGCAGGUACGAGGGUCGUCACUGGCUCCGGUGGCUCUUCGGCCGUCAACUAUGCAGCGGAUGGCUCUUUGACCAAUGCACACGACAAGAAGGAGGAAAAACGGUCUCGUGCGUUCGAAGGAAAUCCAGUGGCUGUGCCGUCAACAUUGGUAGUAGUCGACAUGGAAAACGACGAUCAAGAAAAAUGGGUGAAUCACGAAUACUCGUAACCGAACCAGGAUUCACUACGUUUUGCAGCGACUUGACACUCGUACUUGCUAUGAUAUAUUAUUAUAUAGAAAAUGUUUCUGUAAAUUAAACAGUGAAAACUAAAAUUGUUUACGACUAACCCUUAAUAUUAUAUCAAGUAAGCACAAAGAAAAAAGUUUUUGACCCGAUUUACGUCACAUACCUGCAUGUGUGUGGAGAUUAUUGAUUCUCAGCUAUCCUAAUCCUCAAUUAUCUACUGCGAGCUUUUAAAUAAAUUCAAUUUUGGCUUUUCUGAAAUUGGAUUUUGGAUUCACAUCUGUUUGUGGCUAUGACAUUAUGUACUAUAAUUUAUAAUUUAUAAUA